AAUGAUUGUUUAAUGGGUCGACAAAUGUGAAUUUUGUGAAUUGAAUAACCACAAUAAGGACAAAAAUACGGAUUAAUUACAUCAUAAUAUCGUAUUUACUCAAAGACAUUCACUGAAACACGUCGAAAAGAUGGCAUAUAACUUGAAAGAAGAAGGAGAAGUCAAAGAAUAUCUCGAUAACUUGGGCACGGAAUAUCGAUUUGGUUGUUUUAGCGAAAAAAAUCCUGAAGUGUGUCAUCUUCUCGGCGACUUUCUUGAAGCCAUCAAAAAGGAUUUCGACAAAGCUUCCAAAGUGUACAAAUCCAAUUGCGACGAUUACAAUUAUGGAAAAUCGUGCCUCAAAUUUGGGCAUUACAGUUUUCUCGCCAAAGGAAAAGCAUCGACAAAAAGUGAUCCGGUUCAAGCAUUGAAAUACUAUGAGAAAGGAUGUGAUUUAAAAGUUUCGGAAUCGUGUUUGAAUUCUGGAUUGUUAUUGAUUUCAAAAAAUCGGCCAUCAACUAUGGAGCGUGAUGUUCCAAGAUCCUUAGAAUACCUGUCGAAAAGUUGCGAUUUGGAUAAUGCACUUGGAUGUUAUUAUCUCUCGGGCAUGUACAUUUCGGGCGUGAAGAAAACUGAAGAUGUAACGGAAAACGAUUACAUUAUCCCGAAAAAUAUGGAAAAGGCGUUUGUUCUUGCACAGAAAGCAUGUAAUUUGGGAAAUAUGUAUGCUUGUGCAAAUGUGAGUCAGAUGUAUGCGAAGGGCGAUGGAACGGCAAAAGAUGAAACAUUAUCGGCAAAGUACAAAAAUAUGGCAUUGGAAAUGCAAGAAGAACUGAAGAGACAACAAACGUUACAGUUCCAACAGGGACUUUAGACACCCUGAAAAAGCUUAGUUUUAUUAUAUAGUAAAUUGGUUGACGAUUAAAUGCAUUAAAUUACGCUGCA